AUGUGCGAUUACACUCAAGUACACUACAAAUGCACCCAUCUCCGCUACACUGUCCGGGCAUGGUGUACCAAGUAUCAGGAGACGCAUAAACGAUGUCCCGCCAAUGUUGUUGCAAUAGAAUACCGGCUCGACGAGAACUGUGGUGCGUGA